UCCCUCCCCUCCCCGGGCGGCAGCAGCAGCAGCCGCCGCCGCCGCCGCAGCCGCAGCACCAGCAGCAGCGUGAGGCGGCUCCAGCGGCGCGAUGGCGGCCACGGCGGGCAGAGCGCUGCCGCUCCUCCUCUGCCGCCGUCCUGCCGCGCUCACCGGGUGCUUCCCGGCGCUGGGGCGGCGCCGACAGCAGCAGCAGCAGCGGCACCGGACGGUGCAUCCCAGGCUUUCUCCGUGGCAGAGAGGGCGCGCGGCGUUCUGCAGUGCGGGAGCGCCCCCCGAUGAAGUGACAGUGGUUUACCAAAAUGGCUUACCUGUGAUUUCUGUGACUCUUCCAUCGCGGCGUGAACGUUGCCAGUUCACGCUUAAACCUAUCUCGGACUCUGUUGGCGUGUUCUUACAACAGCUGCAAGCAGAGGACCGAGGGAUCGAUCGGGUUGCAAUUUAUUCAGCAGAUGGCACACGUGUUGCCUCUUCCACAGGCAUAGAUUUGCUUCUGCUGGAUGACUUCAAACUGAUCAUUAAUGAUGUCACAUACCAUGUUAGACCACCAAAGAGAGAGCUCUUAAGCCAUGAAAAUGCAACGACGCUGAAUGAUGUCAAGACAUUGGUUCAGCAGUUGUAUACCGCCUUGUGCAUUGAGGAGCACCAGCUGAACAAAGAGAAGGAGCUGAUAGGGAGACUAGAGGAACUGAAGGAGCAACUUGCACCGCUAGAAAAAGUACGGAUGGAGCUCACCAGGAAAGCGGAGAAGAGGACAACCUUGGUGUUGUGGGGAGGCCUGGCCUACAUGGCCACUCAGUUUGGGAUCCUGGCCCGCCUCACCUGGUGGGAGUAUUCUUGGGACAUUAUGGAACCAGUAACCUAUUUCAUCACCUAUGGUAGUGCCAUGGCAAUGUAUGCGUAUUUCGUAAUAACUCGCCAGGAAUAUGUUUAUCCAGAUGCCAGAGACAGACAGUACUUAUUUUUUUUCCAUAAAGGAGCCAAAAAGACACAAUUUGAUCUAGAGAAAUACAAUCAACUCAAGGAUGCAAUUGCUCAGGCAGAAUUGGACCUCAAGAGGCUUCGAGACCCACUGCAGGUUCACCUGCCCAUCCAGCAAAUUGAUGAAAAGGACUGAUUGGCAAAGAAGCUCUGAACCCCGGCAACAAAAAUGUUCAUAGCUCUUGCCUUUUUAAUUAAAGCAUUGCAGGUGGAAGCUGGGAGGUGGUGUGGAGGUGGAGGGUUUUUACCUUUAAUCAAGACAAAGGACUGUAGGGGGGAAUCUCUUAAAUCUGAAGAUGGGACAUUGUGGAAUGUUUAGUUCUGAAAAGGACUUGGAAAAUAGUCACACUUAAAAACUGUCUGAAUGGCAAUUAUGUACAAAUACAGAAUUGGGGGGUCAUUAAAAGAAUGUAAUGCUGGGGUGUAGGGCUGUCUUCUUCCAGCUUUGCAGGGUCUGCCUCUUGAUAAGACACCAGCGGCCUGCUUAGCUUUUUAAAUUUUCCUUUACCUGAUUCAGAUCUCUCUUUCUCUCUCAAAAAAAAGGAAAAAAAACCCCAAACACCAACAAAGAACCCAAGCCACCUGGAGCUAUGGCUGGUGAUCAGAACUUGCGCUCCACCGUCAUUAACACGCACACUUCUGAUCAGACCUGGUCUCUUUUGUAAAGUUACUACAAGACUACUUUCUACUGGAAAACCGUGAGCUUCCCCUUCCCAGCCCACCCCACGUGCUCCACUGACUUCCUCCUUUGCUUAUUUGUAGCACAGAUUGGUUGUAGCCAAGUGAGGGAAGGAUCGAGUUUUCUUCUGGAUAUUUGAUAAUUGAUUUUUUUGAUUAUUCCAUAAUAACUAUAUAAACUUUGCGUCCCAGUGCCCUUGAGCUCCUUCUAGAAAUCAAUGGCAGCAUUGCAUGAGAGGUUUUUCAUAUUCAGUCUUACGUGAGGGAUGAUUCCCCUCUUCCUGCCCCAAAUCUGAUAGCCACCUGGACUAUGAAAUCAUAAAGGAUUACGAAAUUGUUGCAGAAUCAUAACUCCUGCUUAAAUGGACGGUUUUGGAACACAGAAUAAUUGAACUUGAUAUUUGAUUGCUUGUGUAACGGGAUACAAGGUCUCAUAUGUGGUCAAAGCAUUUUCCUUGCCCAGAGGCUUUUUGAAACCCGUGGGCUCUUAAGUGCCAUACACAGAACUGUUUCAGUUCUUUAGCACUUUCCUGUACUUUAGCAGCUCUAAAUGAACUUUGCACCCACAGAUCAGAACUUCUUAGGAGUGGCUAAUGACAUCUCUUGUUCUUGUCUCAAAGAAAUAGAGGAAGGAAAGUCGACCCAUUGCCCUCUCUGUUAACCAAGGCUGGCUGAAUUCUAAGCAGAUAAAACAUCUCUUCAUUCAAAGCAAGUCAGUCUGUUUUAGCAUCCUGCUGAUAAAUUCGGUGGGGACAGGAUGGAGGUGGGAGAAGGGCACUAAGCUUUAUAUACAGACAAGCUGGCUACUUUUUUGGUGUUUCAUUACUAUUCCUCACUGUGUCAUGAAAAGAGGAUUCUGGGUUUUUUUUGAGAACUAGGUUUAAAAAAAAAAAAAAAGGAAAGAAAAAACUAAAUCAGUACUAACUAGAUGCCAGGUGCCUUGCAGAUGUGGAAACACAGCUGGGUUGCUGCCUCUUCUCACUCAGUGGCAUGUAGGACUGAAUGGGUGCAUGUUUCUAGGUGUUUUUUUUUUUUUACCCCUCCCCUUUUUCCUCUGUCUUUCAAUUUAAUUACAUCGUGUGAUUAUUUUUUAUCUGUUUUAUCCUGUUUGUGUGGUGAGUUUUAAAGGGGGAGAAACCAAAAUGAACACAAUCCUGUAGCUGAAUCCUUGCUGUGUUUCGGAUGAGGGAGGGAUCAUGGAGAAAAGCCCUUCUUUAAAAAAAAAAAAAACCACAAAAA